CAAGAUGGCCAAGACCCCGAGCAAGAAGUCCGCCAAGGCCCCGAAGAAGACGGGCGAGAAGGGCAAGGCCAAGAAGGGCAAGCGCGUGGAAUCGUACUCGACGUACAUCUACAAGGUGCUCAAGCAGGUCCACCCGGAGACCGGUAUCUCCAAGCGUGGCAUGUCGAUCAUGAACUCGUUCAUCAACGACAUCUUCGAGCGCAUUGCGUCCGAAGCCGGCAAGCUCUCGCGCUACAACAAGAAGUCGACCUUGUCGUCGCGUGAGAUCCAGACCGCCGUGCGCCUCAUGCUCCCCGGUGAGCUUGCCAAGCACGCCGUCUCGGAAGGCACGAAGGCCGUGACCAAGUUCACGUCGUCGGCGUAAAGCAUCCAGCGAUGAGCGUUCGCGCAUUUGCUUGGCCAUGGCAACAUGGCCUCCCUCAAUUUGGUGUUUUUAAACACCACCCAUCUCCCUACGAAAUGACAUCCCUGUACAUUAUAUCCC